GUAAGCCAUUGUUUCCUUUAUUUUCUAUGUUAGGCUAUAACUCUUUUGUGACAUCCAAGCAUUUUAGCCUAUAAUGUGAUGGCAGGCAUGGCAGAGGCAGCAGCAAAACACAUGGCAGCCACCUACCAUCGGCUUCCACCACUCCCUUCUAUCCGUGACAUUAUCAAGUUAUACAAUAUUAGAGCUGCAAAAAAACUCAGUCAGAAUUUUUUAAUGGAUCCGAAAUUAACAAGUAAAAUUGUCCGUAGUGCUGGUCGUGUAAGAAAUUGUCAUGUGUGCGAAGUUGGUCCAGGACCAGGCGGCAUAACACGUUCUAUUCUUGAGCAGAAAGCAUCUCACGUCACAGUUGUUGAAAAAGAUCCAAGAUUUCUUCCUUCUUUAGAACUCUUGAAAGACGCCUGCAAUGGGAAACUUCACAUAGAAUUGGGGGAUGUCCUAACCUUCAAUAUGGAGAAUUCUUUUCCACAGGAACUGGCCACACAAUCUUGGGAUGAUAGAGUGCCCAAAAUACAUAUAAUUGGGAAUCUGCCAUUCAGUGUUUCAACACCACUCAUCAUUAGAUGGCUUCAGGAUAUCAGUUUACGGAGAAAUGCUUGGAUCUUUGGCCGGGUGCCUAUGACUCUUACGUUUCAGCUAGAGGUAGCACAACGCAUGGUGGCUCUUCCAGGUGGUCAGUUUAGAUCUAGAUUAUCCAUCAUGUGUCAAAAUUGGUGUCAUGUUGAGCAUAAGUUCACUAUACCUGGUAGGGCAUUUAUACCAAAACCAGAUGUAGAUGUUGGUGUUGUUACUUUUAUUCCUCGAGUUCAGCCACAAAUUUCACUUGAUUUCAAGCUUGUUGAAAAAGUUGUGAAGUGUGUAUUUUCAUUUAGACAAAAGUACAGUAAGAAAGGAGCUGCAAACUUAUUUCCUCCAAAAGUUAGAGGUACACUUGCUGAUCAAAUGUUUGCUGUUGCAGAUGUAGACCCAACAAUCAGACCGACACAGCUUUCUAUGUCUGAAUUUAAUCGCUUAUGCCAUGCAUAUGCAGCCAUUUUACAACAAAAACCUCAUCUUGAAAAAUUCUCGUGUCAUGAUACUGAUUUUGUUGAAGAUGAUAGUUGUGAGAAGUUAGAUAUUGCCAACUUGCAUAUUAAUUGGGGAAAGAAAUAAUCUACAGAACCUUAUGUUAACCAGACAGAUUUUUUACUCUUAAUAUUAGCAAUAGUUAAGAAUAAUUCUUAGAGAUGUUCACUGUAUAUUGUUUUAAUAAAUAUUUUGAAACCAUAAUUUUCUGUAGCUUCCUGUUCAUACCGGCUACAAUUGCUGGAAUGUACAUUAUACAUUUAAGUAUCCUAAUGCUUUUAAGAUAACAAAAAAACUAUGAAUAAAUAACCAGUGAGAUGUUGAAACUUCAUAUAUAGAUAAAAAAAUUCUUAUUUA